CCUCUCCCUCGGCCCCUCUGCUCCUCACUCUCCCCCUUCCCGAGAAGCGGACAAAGCGCGGCGCUGCAGAUUUCGAUCCGGUUCCCAAUGCCUCCCAGGCCCGUCGUCCUGUAGCUCCCGUCUCCGCUCCUCCAUCUGCCGCGGCGGCCACGGCACGGCGCCUGGAUCCGGCGAGCGCGUGGCCUGAAGCUCCAGAUCCGAGCGAAGCCGAGCUCUCCGUGGCGACCUCUCGGCUCUAGCUCGGGGUUGGCAGCUGCCAUUUCCCCCUCCCCUUCUUGUUCGAGAUUUCAAGGCUGGUCUGUCCCAUCUUUGGUGGCAUUUGAGGUUGUUCGUGGUUUUCUUCGAUUCAGUUUUGCAUCUGCAUGGUCCAGAUUUAGCUGCAUUUCCCGGAUUGUGCUCUUCUGUGACAAAAAUCUAAGCUUGUUUCCUCGGAAGUGUCUGGCUAUCGCAUUAGAGUAGAGUUGGAUCUUUUUGGUUAGUAGCCCUGGUUCUUGCUCCAUCCUGUGCUAAUCUUGGUGUAUUGGCGGCAAGCUCUACUGUUGCCAUGGUGUUCGUGUGAAAAAAAGGGUUUUUGUCGAAGAUGUGGAAACAAUUUCUCAGCAAGCUGCCCCGGAAGUCCUCGGCCUCCGGGGACUCAGGUCAGUGCAGCAAUGGCACCGGGAUACAGCGCACGACCAGCUGUGGAAGCAUUCCGCCUGGCCGCCCGGCUUCCGCCAUUAGGCGCAUGUCAUCUGCCGUCUUCCCCUCAAGUGUUGUGGCUGGCAUUGAGCCGUUGGUUUCCUUCAAGGAUGUCCCAAACUCGGAGAAGCAAAACCUGUUUGUGAGCAAGUUGAGCCUGUGCUGUGUCGUCUUUGAUUUCUCAGACCCGAACAAGAGUUCGGUGGAGAAGGAUAUCAAAAGGCAGGCAUUGCUGGAUCUUAUAGAGUUUGUUGAAUCUAGCAGUGCUCGCUUCUCAGAGGCGGCGAUUGCUGCCUGUGCUAGGAUGUGUGCCAUCAACCUGUUCCGGGCGUUCCCUCCUAAUUACAGGUCUGGUUCAUCUGGUGGUGGUGAGGGUGAUGAGGAUGAGCCGAUGUUUGAUCCUGCAUGGUGCCAUCUGCAGCUUGUAUAUGAGCUACUACUGAAAUUUAUUGGAUCCUCAUCCUUGGAUGCGAAGGUAGGGAAGAGGCACUUUGAUCACUCAUUCAUUGUGAAGCUCCUUAAUCUUCUUGAUUCUGAGGAUCCAAGAGAAAGGGAUUGUUUGAAGACUAUUCUGCACAGGAUAUAUGGGAAGUUCAUGGUACACCGUCCUUUCAUCCGCAAAGCAGUGAGCAAUAUAUUCUACCAGUUUGUCUUUGAGACUGAUCGGCAUAAUGGGAUUGCUGAGCUGCUGGAAGUCUUUGGCAGUGUCAUUAGUGGCUUUGCAUUGCCUUUGAAGGAAGAGCACAAGAUCUUUCUUUGGAGAGUUUUGAUUCCUUUACACAAACCGAAAUCAGUUGGUUUGUAUCUCCAGCAGUUGACCUACUGUGUGACACAGUUUCUCGAAAAGGACCCGAAGCUUGCAAGCUCAGUAAUAAUUGGUUUGUUAAGAUAUUGGCCAAUAACAAAUUGUCAGAAGGAAGUGAUGUUUCUGAGUGAGAUCGAAGAGAUCUUGGAGUCUACCAGCCAGGCAGAAUUUCAGAAAUGUAUGGUUCCAUUGUUUCGGCGGAUUGCUCAUUGCAUCACCAGCUCUCACUUCCAGGUUGCUGAAAGAGCACUCUUUGUAUGGAACAAUGAUCACAUUAUCAGCUUGAUCGCGCAAAACCGCCAAUCCAUAAUGCCUCUCAUUGUUCCAGCAUUAGAACAGAAUAUUCAGAAUCACUGGAACCAAGCAGUCCUUAAUCUGACAAUGAAUGUAAAGAAGAUGUUUUCUGAGAUGGACGAGGAUCUCUUCUCAUCAUGCCUGGAUAAGUACAAGGAGGACGAAGAAAAGCGAGCGUCGUUAGAAGUGAAGCGGAAGCUGACCUGGGAGAAGCUCGAGUCAGCUGCAGCUUUCCAGCCAGUGACCGGCCAUACAGCCAUCCUAGUGGGACACCAGCUGUCAGCAAAUAUGAUCGCCACCCUGAUCUAGCUUAUGCCUUAUGCACGCUGGAGAAUCAACGGUGCUCUUCACCCUUUUGGCGAAGUGCAGCUAGUGUAGCGUUUGUUAUUUUCCUCUUGUUUAUUUUUCCAUUUGUCAGUAUGAGUAAUCAGUGUUUUAAGUUGUAACUAUUUUCAUAUGUUUAUGCUCUCAAGGCAAGCAUACCUGUAAUUCAAGACUGCUGAGUGCUCUCACUCUUUACAUGUAUCCUUGCCUGCCCAUGGAUGAGCAAGUGCCCUACAAUUAAAUUUCACUUUUUGCUCUCCUA